AUGGCCUCCGUCUUCAACAUCGCACAGCACGUUAUCGAGGCCUCCCACAUACGCGAAUAUGCGCGCGCGACGUCGCACUCCCAAGACGAGAAACUCCACCUGCAUGUGAAGCAGUACAUCCCCAAGGACAACCUCGUCCCGAGGAAGGGAGACGUUACUAUCAUCGGAGCCCACGCCAACGGCUUCCCCAAGGCAACCCCCCCCCAGCAGUGUCUCUCCAGAUGCCGGCCCCAUAGCCUAACUCUGCAGUCACAGGAGUUGUACGAGCCUCUCUGGGAGGACCUUUACCAUGAUGCAAAGAGCCGUAACCUGCGCAUUCGCAGCAUAUACAUCGCGGACGCUGCCUGGCAGGGCCAGAGCGGCGUUUUGAACCAUGACGCCCUCGGCAAUGACCGCAAGUCUGCCAGUUGGCUUGACCAUGCCCGGGACAUUCUCCAUAUCAUCAACACCCUUCGGCCUCCGCCUCCCCUCGUGGGCAUCGGUCACUCCUUCGGAGCAAGCAUCCUCGCCAACGUGGCGCUCAUCCACCCCCGCCUGAUGACCUCCCUCGUGUUGCUCGACCCCGUCAUCUCCCGCUUUACCAGCACCCCAUCGUCCGCAGGCCCCGCGGCGGCAAGUCUGAACCGUCGUGACGUCUGGCCCAGCCGUGAGGAGGCCGCAAAAUCUUUCGGCCAGAGUCCCUUCUACCGGACCUGGGAUCCCCGUGUCCUGCAGCGGUGGAUCGAGCACGGGCUGAGGAACAUGUCCGGGACAAACGCUGUGACCCUGACAACAACAAAGCACCAAGAGGUCUUCACGUACGUCCGGCCUAGCUGGGACGCCUAUGACGCCGAGGGCAGGGAGGUCAUCCGCCCCGACCUCGCUAUAGAUCUUGACCCAAGUCUCAAUGAGAACUGGCCUACCUAUCCAGUCUACCGGCCUGAGGGACCCCGUACUCUCGCAUCCCUCCCGGCCCUACGACCCAGCGUGCUUUACCUCUUUGGUGGCCGGAGUGAAAUCUCUUCCGUUGAGCUAAGAGAGGAGAAGCUGGCGCUCACCGGCACCGGCGUGGGCGGCAGCGGCGGCGUCAAAGCCGGCCGUGUGUCGAGCGUCGUGAGCGAGGAGAGCGGCCAUCUCGUUCCACUGGAGGCCCCGGGGCUGUGUGCCCGCGUGGCCGCUGAAUGGAUGGCUUCCGAACUAACCCGGUGGUUGGCAGAGGAACGUGAAUAUGAAGCAUGGGCGCGUCGACCAGCAGCCGAGAAGACGACCAUGUCGGAUCAGCUCAGGCAUCAUGUCUCACAGAUGAGAAUACCAACGCAGUGGCAGCAUAAUAACUCAAAGAUAUGA